AGCCUCUGUUUAUGUGGAGGCAAUCUCCCCUGUGUGUCCAUGUUUUAUGUGCAGGGGAUCCGCCCUAUAUGUUAAUGUUUUACUUGCAGGGGAUCUCCCCUGUGUGUCCAUGUUUUAUGUGAAGGGGGUCUCCCCUGUGUGUCCAUGUUUUAUGUGCAGGGGGUCUCCCCUGUGUGUCCAUGUUUUAUGUGAAGGGGAUCUCCCCUGUGUGUCCAUGUUUUAUGUGAAGGGGGUCUCCCCUGUGUGUCCAUGUUUUAUGUGAAGGGGGUCUCCCCUGUGUGUCCAUGUUUUAUGUGAAGGGGGUCUCCCCUGUGUGUCCAUGUUUUAUGUGAAGGGGAUCUCCCCUGUGUGUCCAUGUUUUAUGUGAAGGGGAUCUCCCCUGUGUGUUAAUGUUUUACUUGCGGGGGAUCUCCCCUGUGUGUUAAUGUUUUACUUGCGGGGGAUCUCCCCUGUGUGUCCAUGUUUUAUGUGAAGGGGAUCUCCCCUGUGUGUUAAUGUUUUACUUGCGGGGGAUCUCCCCUGUGUGUCCAUGUUUUAUGUGAAGGGGAUCUCCCCUGUGUGUUAAUGUUUUACUUGCGGGGGAUCUCCCCUGUGUGUCCAUGUUUUAUGUGAAGGGGAUCUCCCCUGUGUGUUAAUGUUUUACUUGCGGGGGAUCUCCCCUGUGUGUCCAUGUUUUAUGUGAAGGGGAUCUCCCCUGUGUGUCCAUGUUUUAUGUGCAGGCGAUCUCCCCUGUGUGUUCAUGUUUUAUGUGAAGGGGAUCUCCACUGUAUGUUCAUGUUUUAUGUGAAGGGGAUCUCCACUGUGUGUUCAUGUUUUAUGUGAAGGGGAUCUCCCCUGUGUGUUCAUGUUUUAUGUGAAGGGGAUCUCCACUGUGUGUUCAUGUUUUAUGUGAAGGGGAUCUCCCCUGUGUGUUCAUGUUUUAUGUGAAGGGGAUCUCCACUGUGUGUUCAUGUUUUAUGUGAAGGGGAUCUCCACUGUGUGUUCAUGUUUUAUGUGAAGGGCAUCUCCCCUGUGUGUUCAUGUUUUAUGUGAAGGGGAUCUCCACUGUGUGUUCAUGUUUUAUGUGAAGGGGAUCUCCACUGUGUGUUCAUGUUUUAUGUGAAGGGCAUCUCCCCUGUGUGUUCAUGUUUUAUGUGAAGGGGAUCUCCCCUGUGUGUUCAUGUUUUAUGUGAAGGGGAUCUCCACUGUGUGUUCAUGUUUUAUGUGAAGGGGAUCUCCACUGUGUGUUCAUGUUUUAUGUGAAGGGCAUCUCCCCUGUGUGUUCAUGUUUUAUGUGAAGGGGAUCUCCACUGUGUGUUCAUGUUUUAUGUGAAGGGGAUCUCCACUGUGUGUUCAUGUUUUAUGUGAAGGGCAUCUCCCCUGUGUGUUCAUGUUUUAUGUGAAGGGGAUCUCCCCUGUGUGUUCAUGUUUUAUGUGAAGGGGAUCUCCCCUGUGUGUUCAUGUUUUAUGUGAAGGGGAUCUCCACUGUGUGUUCAUGUUUUAUGUGAAGGGGAUCUCCACUGUGUGUUCAUGUUUUAUGUGAAGGGCAUCUCCCCUGUGUGUUCAUGUUUUAUGUGAAGGGGAUCUCCACUGUGUGUUCAUGUUUUAUGUGAAGGGGAUCUCCACUGUGUGUUCAUGUUUUAUGUGAAGGGGAUCUCCCCUGUGUGUUCAUGUUUUAUGUGAAGGGGAUCUCCCCUGUGUGUUCAUGUUUUAUGUGAAGGGGAUCUCCACUGUGUGUUCAUGUUUUAUGUGCAAGGGACGUCCUCUGUGUGUCUAGUCCCGCAAAUGUCAGGAACACCCUUCUAUAUGUUCAGCCUUAGCAAACGACGGCCCUCUCUUAUGUUUCAAUCUUUGCUAACUCUAGGAGGUAGCCUGGCUCCCACCCGUCAACUGAACGAAGGAAGUUAAUUUAACUCUUGGAAGUGGACGAAUCGGACUUUGCAAUGUGGGAAACACGUGUUUCCUCAAUUCCAUGGUCCAAUGUCUCUCUCACACUCGAACCCUCAGAGAUUACUGUUUACAAAAGAAGUACCGUCAGGAAGUGAGCUCUCGGAGGAAGACUGAGCUGAUGAAUGCUUUCUCGGAAGUGCUGUCUGAUCUUUGGACAACUGACAUGUCAACUGCUGUGCAUCCUGGGAAUUUCAAUACAAUAUUCAAGGAAUCUGUACCUCAUUUCAUUGGCUACAGUCAACAAGAUGCCCAGGAAUUCCUACAUUUCCUCCUGGAUCGGCUUCACUCUGAAAUUAAUCGCACAUCACCCCAGAACCAGCCAAUCAGCGAUCUUCCAGAAAGCAAGUAUAACAAGCUGAGAGAAGAUAAGAAGGCAAUGCUGAUGUGGAAGCACUAUCUAGAGAGAGAGGACAGCAAGAUAGUGGACCUGUUUGCAGGGCAGUUAAAGAGCUCCCUUCGAUGUUCCAGCUGUGGUCAUGAGUCUACAACCUUUGAUGUCUUCUAUGAUCUCUCACUUCCCAUCCCCAAGGGAAGUGUUUCCGGAGGACGUGUUUCUCUGAAGGACUGUCUCGCACUUUUCUCUCAAGUGGAGGAGCUGAAGUCAGAUAAUGCACCGAUGUGUGACAGAUGUGGCAAGCAUACCGACAGCACCAAGAAAUUAACCAUCCAAAGGUUCCCAAAGAUUCUUGUUUUGCAUCUGAAUCGUUUCUGUGCAUCACGAUUCUCUAUUUCCAAAAGCACAGCAACUGUCUCCUUUCCUAUACAUCACCUCGACCUUGGGGAUUACGGGACUGAGUGUGCAGGAAAGGUCCUGUAUAACCUGUAUGCUAUCUGUAAUCACUGUGGCACUGUUCACAUUGGGCAUUACACAGCUUACUGUCAACAGGAAAGGGGCUGGUUCUGCUACAAUGACUCAAGAGUCUCCCCUGUUUCUGAAUCACAGCUCCAGUCCAACAAGGCCUACGUUCUCUUCUAUGAGAUGGAGUGAUUAUCAGAAUCGGGGACAUUUCUGAUACCAGCAAUCAAACCAGCUGUAGGACACUCAACAGUCAUUGUUAGAUGCUGAGCUUAUCGAUGCUGGCAAAGAAGAGACUUGGAAAUAACAUGUCUUAGUAGUCAUUGCUGGUUUUGUAUCAUGGAUAUCUGAAAUGCAUCAUUUUAAGUAAAAUCGGCGUGGUCUAUAUCACGCUGUAUAGAUUUGGAUUGGUUUAAUUCUUCUGAUACCUUGUGAUUCCUGCCAUUGUUCUUUACAUAUUCAUUACAUUUCCAUCUGCUGGGACCAAGAUCAAAGUGAUUUGAAAUCUGUCAGGUUCUUUCAAUCGGAAGCUUGACGAAAUCAAACCAGUGUGAGCUCCAGUUAGGAUUGCCACUCGCUGGCAGGAAUGUUUCUCUCUAUCUAACUCUUAUGAAUUAAGUUACCUACCAAGCAUCCAAUGUGAAGUACCUUUAACCUUGAACUGCAAAAAAAUGAACAGGGGGUUGUCAGUUUUAUUGUCAGAGAAAUAUUUGAGAUAGGUGCAGAAAUUUUAAAAUGGGAUUUAUACAAAAAUGGGAAGGCGUUCUUAUACCAUAAGGAUAGGUUAAAUUGUCCUUAUUAUAGCACAGGACAAAAAACGUGUGUGAAAACGUGGAUUGCGAUUUCUGACAAAAUAUUUCAGAGGCAGCUGGUGACGUUUUUGAUAAGUGAAGGUACAUGCUCAUGGCCACAGAAAUAAAUGGGACAUAUUGAGAUCUGCAGUUCCUGAUUGUACCAAGCUUAGUUUGAAAGAUUAGCAAUGUAUCUUGCAUCAAUCCUAAAAUUUCAACAUGCACAAAAAGCCAUUUAGCAGAAAUAAGUAAUCAAUCAACAAAUAAACUACAUUACGUGCACCUUGGACCGUAUUAAAAUGAUCAAAAGCGAAACAAGUUAAAUUAUGGCUUGAAAGUACAUUUUUAUUCAGCAGCUGCACUCUUUCAAUUGCUUGCUUAUUUUAAUGAAGCCAAUCAAUUCCCAAAACUAACAGAAUAUUUUAUUGACACAAACAUCGAGCAUUACGUACUGUGUUAGGCAAUGCACUGAUUACACUGGCGACAGAAACAUUCACCAGCUGCAGAACCGCUCCAUUAAAACUUAACCAUUGAGCUGAAACAAAAUCAUUACCUACAGACAUGAAUGUAAAAGAUCAUUAUAAAAACAAAAACUCUGAAGCAAUGGAACUGUAGGGCGAAUCUCACUUCACAGGACAGAAGCGAGCGCUGCGUGGAGGAUGAACCUCGGGACUUGAAAUAGGAGAUUUGUGACUCAGAAAAGAGGACAGGGUUUCCCCUUGGCUCGCAGAGAGAUGCCCUCGUGGAGGUGAGACCGAACCGAUCGGCGUCAAAGGCUGCAAAGUAAUCGUUACUUCCUCCAAGGGGAACCUAGAAUGGUCAGAGAACUGGAAAACGAAAGAGAGAAUAGAUUUUGCCGGGGGUCCCCUCUGGACGAGGACAGCGUGGCUGAGCCUCUAAGGUUGGGAAGUGAUCUUUACUUGCCCCGAGAGGGAGAUUGUUGCAAAAGUGGAGCAGCAUAGUGGAGGAGGAUGGGAGGAUGGAGGAAACUAAAAUGCAGAGAAUAAGGGUGUGACAGUAAUACAUGUAAUAUGGAAUUGCUCCAAAUUAAAAUCAUAAUGGGAAAACAUUUUACCCCAUUUGUCUAAAAUAAUGGAUUAUGAUGUUCCAUUUUCAGCUAGACUUGUAAUUCUUAGGGACACCUCACAACUUUCACUGACAAAACCAUUUAAAAAAUAAUCCUUUCCUCUCUUUUAGUUGCAAAGAAAGCUAUAUUAUUUUUAUGGAAAGACUCAAAGCCACCUGCUUUGCAACUAUGGAAAAACGUAUUGUUAGAUAAUAAACCUAGAAAAAAUCUCAGAUUCUUUAAAUAACAAACUUGAGAAUUAAAAACAAAAAAAUGGUAUAAGUAUUUUCUGUUUUUAUCGCAACACAUUUUAAAAGUUUUACAAACAUUUACAAAAUAGGGAUAAAAUCGGUAAAAAUGUGUUUUUAAUUGAAACAUCAGUAAAAAUCAUGAAACAAAAUUCUCAGUAUACACACUUUACAUGUGGAAUAUGAUGCAUAGCAGUUCUGGUUUCUGAUUAAGUUUUGCCAUGUAUGAUGAAGCACAAUCUGUGCAAGUCAGCUGGUACUUUACUUUUUUGGGCAAUCGCUGUGCUGACAGAGCUAGUGUCUGCAGAAGGUAUGAACGUGACAUCAGCACAAAGCAAGCCAGGUUUAUUCACCUUGAAAUCAUAAAAAGAAAAUUGACAGAACUGCACGUUCCAAGGCAUCGAGGGACACAUCAAUAAAUCAUACUGGACAUUUCCAUCAAUGAGUUUCAUAAGUUUCCCAACUAAAGCAUCAUCAUUUUCUGUGAAAUAAGCAAGAUUGUUGGCAUUAGGCAGUGCUUUAGCUGGUGUGAUGGACUAUACCAGUGGUAGCUAAUACACCAAACACUACAAUCCAUUUUGGUGGAUCUCAAUGGGCUCCACGAUCCACCAAUAAGCUAUAACCAACAAUUAUUAGCAAUAAUAAAACAAGAACAACAACAAAACUGUAACAAACACGCAAUCAAAGCAUUUUUCAUCUUGAAACCUGGUGUAGGCAGGGCUCUAUGCUAACUUUUUUAGGCACUGUAAGGUUGUGGUUUGGUUGUGGCAGACAUAACUUUGUAGCAACACAAUGUUGUUGGAAGGUGUUGUUUGAUUGUGUUAGACAUAACGUCGCAACAUCACAGAAACGUAAGAGACUUUAGUUGUACUUAUGUUUUUAAAUGAUGUACAAGAGGACAUUUUAUACAAGUUGUUAGCAUGUUAAUAUUUAACAUUAUAAAACAAAUGUCAUCAAACAUAGUAAUAAAUCCCCAUCUGUAGGCAUGUAAAAUAAUCAAUGUUUUCCAUUAUUAUAUGUAACUGAUUGUGUACCUCCAGUAUAUGUAUAAAUCCAUCCAAAAUUAUUUAACAACAUUUCAGUUUUUUUUAAGUGAAGCGUUUUGCAUGAAAUUAAAUGAAAUAAAAGUGAAAAUGUAAACGAGGCUCUGUUUUCAUUC